CACAUAAACAUGCUUACGCAAACAAACACACCUUAACCCUCUCUCUCUCUCUGGUCAAAAGUCAUAAUACACAUUUUUUCUCUCCUUCACCGUGUACAAAACCAAAUACUACCUUAACCCAACGAAAUGUCAAAGACUUUUACUACACCUUAAAACACGUACUAGGUCUAGUACCUUCUAAAUUCAGUGCACCCCACUUAACAAAUUUAGCUUCUUUCUAUAAAAAUCAUUGUUUUCUUUGUUGGGUCUCUUCCUAUUUUCUGGUUUAAUUUGGAUUCUUAACUUCUACACAAGACAGACAUGUCUCUUGCUUCAUCUGACCACAACAAUAUUAAGGGAGUUCUUACUCAUGGUGGACGCUAUGUUCAGUACAAUAUCUAUGGUAAUUUAUUUGAAGUGUCUAACAAGUAUGUCCCUCCUAUUCGUCCUAUUGGAAGAGGAGCUUAUGGUAUUGUCUGUGCUGCUGUAAAUGCGGAGACACGGGAAGAAGUUGCCAUUAAGAAGGUUGGCAAUGCAUUUGACAACAGAAUUGAUGCUAAAAGGACCUUACGAGAAAUUAAACUUCAGCGGCACAUGGAUCAUGAAAAUGUGAUAGCCCUCAAGGACAUUAUACGACCACCACAGAAGGAGAAUUUCAAUGACGUGUACAUUGUUUAUGAGUUAAUGGAUACUGAUCUGCAUCAAAUAAUUCGUUCCAAUCAAACAUUGACUGAUGAUCAUUGUCGGUAUUUUCUGUAUCAGUUGUUACGAGGACUGAAAUAUGUACACUCAGCAAACGUUCUUCACCGUGAUCUAAAGCCUAGCAACUUACUACUGAAUUCCAAUUGUGAUCUUAAGAUCGGAGACUUUGGUCUAGCUAGAACUACGUCUGAAACUGAUUUCAUGACUGAGUAUGUGGUUACUCGAUGGUACCGAGCUCCAGAAUUGCUUCUAAAUUGUUCAGAAUAUACUGCAGCCAUUGAUAUAUGGUCUGUUGGUUGCAUCCUUGGUGAAAUCAUGACAAGAAAACCUCUAUUUCCUGGGAAAGAUUAUGUCCAUCAGCUCAAAUUGAUCACAGAGCUCAUAGGUUCGCCUGAUGACGCCAGCCUUGGAUUUAUACGAAGUGAUAAUGCUCGUAGAUAUGUAAAACAGCUUCCUCAAUAUCCAAGGCAGCAAUUUGCUGCUAGGUUUCCCAACAUGUCUCCUGGUGCUGUUGAUUUGUUAGAGAGGAUGCUUGUUUUUGAUCCAAACAGGCGCAUUACAGUUGACGAGGCUCUGCGUCACCAAUACUUGGCACCUCUCCAUGAUAUUAACGAGGAACCUGUUUGCUCCAGACCUUUCAAUUUUGAUUUUGAGAAACCGUCUUUCACUGAAGCAGAUAUCAAGGAGCUCAUCUGGAGAGAAUCCGUGAAGUUCAAUCCUGAUCCACCUAUUUAUUGAGAUUUUGCAUUUACCGUUCUAUGUAUAUAGUGAAAUACUUGAUACCUUACUGAGAACUUCUUUUUGACAAAUUAUAUUGAGAUUGAAUAAGACUGUUGUGAGGUUUCCUUUUAUUUAA